CUAUGGUGCUGGAUUACUCCUACAGAACUGCCCUGAGAUCAACCGCGAGAGAGGGCUCUGAAAGACACAAGUCACCUUCUGAUUAUUGCACUUAGCUCUCCCUGGAGACUUAAAUUUUGGAAGUGUUCCUUUUUACAUGAUACCCUCCAAGAUGAUGAGUUCUAAUCCUGAGGAAGACCCUUUGGACACAUUUCUCCAAUAUAUUGAGGAUAUGGGGAUGAAGGCCUACGAUGGUUUGGUCAUUCAGAAUGCAUCAGACAUUGCUCGAGAGAAUGACCGCUUGAGAAAUGAAACCAACCUGGCCUACUUGAAGGAGAAGAAUGAAAAACGCCGAAGACAAGAAGAAGCAAUAAAACGCAUCGGGGGCGACGUGGGCCGCGGCCACGAGGGGAGCUACGCGGGCAAGCACUUCCGCAUGGGCUUCAUGACCAUGCCCGCGCCGCAGGACCGCCUUCCGCACCCCUGCUCCGGCGGCUUCUCCGUGAGGUCCCAGUCCCUGCACUCGGUCGGGGGCACAGACGACGACAACAGCUGCGGCUCCCGCAGGCAGCCGCCCCCCAAGCCCAAGCGGGACCCCAGCACCAAGCUGAGCACGUCCUCCGAGACGGUCAACAGCGCCGCGGCGCCCGGCAAGAGCGCCAAGGGCCCCGAGCGGCCCGAAGUGUCCACCAAACCGAGACCCCACAGCGAUGAAUAUUCAAAGAAGAUCCCGCCUCCCAAACCCAAAAGGAACCCGAACACUCAGCUGAGCACCUCCUUCGACGAAACGUACAUCAAGAAGCACGGGCCGCGGAGGACGUCGCUGCCGCGGGACCCCUCCCUGUCCCAGGUCAGCAGCCCCGCGGGGGACCCCGAGGAGGAGGAGCCCGUGUACAUCGAGAUGGUGGGCAACAUUCUCCGAGACUUCAGGAGGGAGGAGGACGACCAGAGCGAGGCCGUCUACGAGGAGAUGAAGUACCCCAUCUUUGACGACCUGGGCCCGGAUCCCAAAUGUGACCUUGACCAUCACAGCUGCUCCUCGCAGUGUGCUACUCCCACCGUGCCUGACUCGGACGUCGCCAAGGCCUCAGUGCCAUGCGCUCCCAAGGGGCUGCUCUGCGACAUCCCCCCGCCCUUCCCCAACCUGCUGUCCCACCGGCCCCCGCUGCUGGUGUUCCCGCCCGCGCCCGUGCAGUGCUCCCCCAACUCCGACGAGUCUCCGCUCACCCCGCUGGAGGUCGCCAAGCUGCCCGUGCUGGAGAACGUGGCCUACCUGAAGCAGCAGGCGGGCGCGUCUCCGUCCUCGCUGCCCCCGCACGCCUCGGGCCACCCCAAGCUGGACAAAGAGCAGCCCGCGGCCCUGGGCGCGCCCGGCCCCCCCGGGCCCGCCGCGGCCGCCGCCUCCGCGCUGUCCUCCUCCCCGCCCCCGCCGUCCGCCCUGUACCGCACGCAGUCCCCCCACGGCUACCCCAAGAGCCACUCGGCCUCGCCGUCGCCCGUGAGCAUGGGGCGGUCGCUGACCCCGCUCAGCCUCAAGCGGCCCCCGCCCUACGACGCCGUGCACUCGGGCAGCCUGGCCAGGGGCUCUCCGUCGGCGCCUCCCUCGGCCGGCCGGCCGGUGUCGCAGGACGCGGCGCGGAUGGUCAACGCCGCGGUCAACACCUACGGCCCGGCCCCGGCCGCGGGCGCCUCCCGCUCCAGGACCCCCACGAGUCCCUUGGAAGAGCUAACCAGCCUCUUUACCUCUGGCCGCAGCCUGCUGAGGAAGUCGUCCAGCGGCCGCCGGGCGAAAGACCCCGCGGAGAAAUCGACAGAGGAACUCAAAGUCCGAAGUCACAGCACGGAGCCGUUACCAAAGUUGGAGAGCAAAGAAAGAGGGCAUCAUGGGGCAUCUUCCAGAGAGCCUAUCAAAGCUCAGGAAUGGGAUGGAACACCAGGACCGCCUGUGGUCACCAGUAGAAUGGGAAGAUGCUCUGUGAGCCCCACCUUGUUAGCAGGAAACCACAGCUCAGAACCGAAAGUAAGCUGCAAAUUAGGCCGAUCUGCGUCCACAUCAGGUGUGCCCCCUCCAUCCGUCACUCCUCUCAGGCAAGCCAGUGACCUGCAACAGAGCCAGGUGGCAUGCAUGCAGUGGUUUCAUGGAGACCAUACAAUGCUUGAGAUGAUUGAGAAAAAGCGUUGCUUGUGCAAGGAAAUAAAAGCUAGACAGAAAACGGAAAAGGGACUUUGCAAACAGGAUAGCAUGCCUAUCCUGCCCAGCUGGAAGAAGAAUGCAGGGGCGAAGAAGUACAGCCCUCCACCCUAUUCUAAGCAGCAAACGGUGUUCUGGGACACUGCCAUAUGACUGUGCACAGGAUGGCGU